UCGCUUUUCAAACGGCAGAAUGCUAAAUAAGGGCUUUGUUUGGCCGGACUAAGCAUAUCUGAGCGUGGCGAGGUUUCGAAAAGCGUUGGGAAACAGUUCACCUCCAAAGAGCUCCCUUACUGCGCCACUGUUUGGCAAGAGAGUGCGGUAUAGGACGACAGUGCAGUAGAAAAGCAGGUGUCCCGAAGUGCAGAAACCCAGCCUAAAACCCCAAAGAGCAAGCGAUGCAGAAACUCUGUAGAACGUUGCAAAGGAGAUGAGUUUGGAGGAGCAGCGAAUACAGUCAUCCACAAUAACCAGCAUGUCUCAGAAAGGGACAAAAAAGGGAGGAGCGCCCUCACCCAGAGCGAGCACGUCAUCAAACACCUCCUCUGGACACGGGACCCCUGGGCGCCCCGCGCUCCGCCAGCCCAAGUCAGGAGAAAAUGGCAACAGCUCCAAGAGCGGCAGGAGCCACAGCCAGGGCUCUGUAGCAGCUGUCUACCUGUCCUACCUCAACACUCUCUUUGGACAGGAUAGGGAGCUGAUGCCUGAGGAGUUGGAUGAGCUGCAGGUGGCCUUUAAGGAGUUUGACUACGAUGGAGACGGCUUCCUGCAUUACAAGGACGUGGCCGAUUGCAUGAGGACCAUGGGAUACAUGCCCACUGAGAUGGAGCUCAUAGAGAUUAUACAGCAGAUCAAGAUGAAAUGGGGCGGUCACGUGGACUUUGAUGAUUUCUGUACUGAGCUGAUGGGUCCCAGGAUGCUGGCUGAGACGGCUCACAUGAUGGGGAUGAGGGAGGUACGCAGUGCUUUCAAACAGUUUGACAGCGACGGAGAUGGGCGCAUCACCUUGGAGGAGCUGAAGGACAGCAUGAAGGCCCUGCUGGGUGAGAAGCUGAAGAAGGGCGAGCUGGAAGAGAUCCUCCAGGAUAUCGACCUCAACAAGGACGGUGGAAUAGACUUUGACGAGUUUGUCAUGAUGCUGUCGUCGCGGUAGCCUGCCUCAGCCGUCAGACUAACUAGCAAGACGCCCUGGAUGAGGUCUGGAUCUCCACACAAGUGGCACAGUUCUUGUGUCAAUUUCCUGUAGCAUUGUGCAUAAUGUCUGUAUGAAACGAUUUUGCAUAUUCAGAAGAUUUAGAUCUGAAUUAUUUUCCAGUGGAAAGACUUAGAUUGUAAGAUAACAAUUUAGGUCAAAUUGUUGCCUUUUUAAAAGUAUUUACAAUAAACUGGUUUAAGCAAUGCAGCAGAGGUCGAAGGAUGAGUUAUGAAACAAGACGAGUCUUGCAUUGACUCACCACUGCUAUGUAAGAGCUAUGUCGCCACCUUGUGGAAGCAUU